GCUCGGGUAACAGAAGCUGUUACCAACAUAACAGUUACAGUGCCACAUGAGCCCUGCAGUGAGUGCUACGGUAUCAUUUAUCGUUUUAUCGAUAUCGUAUGAUAUGUGGUCACACUCUAACAAGAAGCGAAGAAGGGAAAGCACGCGGAAAGCAAGAUCGAUAUUAAAAAGUGUACCUUAAUUAUAAUUUCAUCAUAUCUCUUUAUUCUAAUAAAUAUCCAUACAAAAUACAAGCCUACACAAAGCCAUCCCUUUACAGUUCAGAAGUGGGAUCUGAUAAGUUGUAUGGAUGUGAAAGCGUGAAAUUGAGGAUGAUGAAAUAGGAAAAGACAUUGUGCAGAAACAAAACUGAGACAGAGAAAACCAGCAAGAAUAGUCGGCGUUGAAAGUUUGCAGUGAGAUGUGUUCUCAAGGUCUGUGUGACAAAGAAAACUGCAAAUAACGGAUUAGUUCCUUUUUCUUCGUGGCAGACGGAUUCAAAGUCGUGGUUACACCAAGAGACGGUGGAGUCUUAGAGAACAUAGCAGCAGUGUGCGUGUGUGUAUUUGCGAAAUACAAGACGUUGUGAAAUACGUAGCAGCAGCGUACGUGUGUGAGUGUGUGCAGAAUUAUUAAAAAUCAAUAAGAGAACUAAACAGAAAAGACAAAAUAUGCACAAAAUAACUGAUCUUAAGGUGGAUCAGUUGAAAUUCCUUCUUCGCGGUGUGGAUUUGCCAACAUCAGGAACGCGUGCUGAAUUAAUCCAGAGACUGAUCGAGCAUGAGGGUUCGACAGAGAUUGAGAUGCCGCAAGCAGCUAGUCUUGCCAGUCAACAAGAAGAUGCAAUUGCGUCACAGGCAACAGCUAUUUCGAAACUAGAAGGCGAAAUGAGACAGCUAAUGGAGAUGAUGUCCCAGUUUAUGAGCGUUCAAAGACAGAAUACAUCGACAGUUCCUAGCCAGCAACCGCUAGCAAUGAAUAGUGAAAUUCAAUCACCAGAUUCAAACAAUGUAUGCAGUCAAGGUCAGCAAGUAAUUAACACAGCGAGGCAAGCGUCAGUGAAAGAAAUAGCGAAUACCUUGCCAGAGUUCGACCCCAGUGACAAAAACGCCAUCACUGCCAAACAAUUCAUUGAUCGGGUAAACAAAGUAGUUGAUGCCUACAAUUGGGAUCAGAAAUUUUUGCUGCUCGCCAUCUACACUCGCCUCAAGGGUCCUGCCAAGAUGUGGCUCGACUCAUCACCAGUGGUACAUACCCGAUGGAGUAACUUUGCCGAAGCUUUAAACGACGAGUUUGGUAUCGAACCAGACGAAGCAGAGAUCCACUUCACUAUGGCCAAUGCAACGAGAAAGUCGAACGAAACUGUUAAAGAAUAUUGUUUUCGUAUGUCAGCCCUUGGUGUUCGGUAUAAGCUUAGUGAAGCAGCGGUCAUAAGGUACGUCAGAGCCGGUCUACAGCAUCGAGAGUUGCAAAAUAGCAUUGCAGCGAUUCAGUUUUAUAGUAUGAAGCAGCUACGGGAUGCAACUGAAAACUUCUUCAUGAACCGAAACCGUUUCAGCGAGAAUAAGAGGAAUAUGCCACCAAAAGAUUACAGCGACAAUCAAAAAGGCGAGGUCAAUGCUAAGUCAGCAAAGCAGAAGGAAGCUUUGAAAUGCUAUAAUUGCGGAGAGUCGGGACACUUUGCCAAUUCUUGUCCAAAGCCACCAACAAAAACAAGAUGUUCCAAGUGCAAUAAGUUUCAUGCACGGAAUGAGAAUUGUCAGUCAGCAACUGUAAUGCGCGUGGGCACCUUGCAACCAAACAUGCCCUUCCUAAAGAAUAUUGUUGUCAGCUCGCACUGUUACGUCGCGUUCAUUGAUUCCGGAAGUGAGGCUAGUAUUGUGCGCAGGUCAGUAGCCAAAGAAAUUAAAGCCGUUCACAGCAAGUGUGCCAUGCAAAUCAGAGGCAUUUGUGGAGGUUCAUGUAUCUCAACCGAAGCUAUACAGUUGGAAAUAGUCAUCGAUGGAAAAAGUGUUUCCGCCAAAGUUUACAUUGUCGAAGAUAAGAUACUCCCAGAAGAUUUUCUGUUGGGCCAAGACGUCAUCGUAAGCGCUAAACUGUCAUUCGAUUUUGAGAAGAUCCAGUCUAGUGUCAACCGAGCAGUACCGAUGUCAGCAGAGCUUCCAUGCGAUAAUUUUCCAGACUUACUUCUUGGUAAUUUCGAGAAACAAGAAGUGAAGGACAAAAUGCGUGCGUUGUUGGAAAAGCUUCGCGCACAAAACGAAACUUUGAUUGCUGAUCUGCAGGCAAUUGGUAGUCAUGAUGAUAAAGAAAUAGUUGAGCUGCAGCAAUUAAUUGAACAGAGGACACAGCAGAUUGAACAGCUGCAAUUGGCGCAAAAUACGUUACGUGUUGAUGCACGGAUCACUGAACUUGAACUGAAGGAAGCACAUCAAAAGAUGGCAGAAAUGGAGGAAGAAUUGACCCAAUACCAACGUAAAGCGGCGCAGCGCUUGGAGGAACUGCAAAAGCUGCAGCAAGAAGAGUUGACUUGCAACUGGGUGGCAUUGACCAAGUACGAGGAGGUUAAGACACAACUUAUCGAGUUGCAGCGUUCCGUUGAGUUUUAUCAAGAAAGUGAAAAGGAACUUAAGCAAACGCUUGUUGAAAAUGAGCUGACUGCACGCUUGCUCAAAAAAGAAGUCGACGAGAGCACUUUACAAGCCUCCAAAGCUAUCGUGGAACGUACAAAAGCAUACAACGACAAAUUACAGCUAGAGAAACGUUUGGAAGAAAUGAAGGUGCAGCUGGCAUUGCUGCAGGACGAGCAAAGACUGCAGCAACAGCAGCAGCAGCAGCAGGAAUAUCCCCAUUGUAGUCGUAUCAAUAGCAUCGAUGCCUCCCAAUCGGGCUACACAUCUGAGGAUGUGCCAUUGCAAUUGGCCAAUAAUAAAGCCAACGCCAACGUAUAUAAAGUAGAUGAUCUUAUUCUGGUCGAGAAUGAGCCGUUUGGCACGGAUACUUCCCGCAAAUUGGAGCCUCGCUAUAAAGGCCAGAUAUCUAGUCGAAGAUUUGCCACAUGUUAAACGAAAGCAGAAACAUUGCAAAUCUGACUACUCUUCCGGCAAAAUGAAACAUUGGUGUCAGCUGCCGCCGGAUGAAUCAGACGAAGAAGACAAUGGCGAGAUCACAGCAAACGACUCUUGCGAGGA